GGAGGAGGUGACCCGGUGUGUCCCGGGCGGAGUGCCGUGGCCAUGUCGCGGGGCCCCGCCGCGGCCGUGCGGCUGCUGGCGCUGCUGAUCUGUUUGAAUUGUGGAAAUGGACUCUACGUGAAGGUUUAUAAUCGAAAUGACAAGAGUGGCAUGUUGUCUCAUCCCAACAGCCUAGUCAGGCAGAAGCGAGAAUGGACAGUCCCUCCAGCCUUCAUACGGGAGGAAGAGGACAAUUCCUAUAAGAAUCCAAUUGCUAGAAUACAUUCAGAUCUUGAAGAUACAGGCAUAGUAGUAACUUACACUAUAUCUGGUCAAGGAGUAACAGAACCCCCUUAUGGAUUAUUUGUUAUCAAUGGAAAGACUGGAGACCUGAACAUAACAGGAAGGGUAGACAGAGAAAAGACUCCAAUGCUGCUUCUCAGAGGUCAUGCGCUAGAUAAGAAUGGGGCAAAACUGGAAGAGCCAAUAGAUCUCCCAAUUAAAGUUGUGGAUAUAAAUGACAAUUUUCCAGUGUUUUCACAUGAAGUUUUUGUUGGUUCGAUUGAAGAAUUAAGCGAAACAGGUACAAUUGUAAUGAGGAUAAAUGCAACAGAUGCAGAUGAACCAAAUAACCUAAAUUCCAAAAUUGCUUUCAGGAUUGUGUCCCAAAGCCCUAGCGCUGCUUUCAGUAUGGAUAAGAAUACUGGCGAGGUUCGAGUAGCAAAAAUAAAUCUUGACAGAGAGACACAAAGUAGCUAUUCUUUGGUGGUGGAAGCAAAAGACCGUGGUGGUCAAUUAGGUGGGAAUGCUGCAACAUGUUCUUUAGAAAUCAAGAUUUUGGAUGUCAAUGACAAUCUGCCUGUUGUUGAAAGUCAUACAUUUGAAGGAAGCAUUGAAGAAAACAGAGCAAAUGUGGAAAUUAUGAGAAUAAAAGUAUUUGACAAAGAUGAAGAGUUUUCUGAUAACUGGCUGGCAAACUUUACAUUUGUUUCUGGCAAUGAAGAUGGGUUUUUCCGUAUAGUAACAGAUACCCAAACAAAUGAAGGAAUUUUGACUGUUGUAAAGGAGCUGGAUUAUGAAAAAAUGCAAAGUGUAAACUUGGGCAUUGUUGUUACAAACAAGGCAGAGUUCCACAAGUCAAUUAAACACAGUUACAAAGCACAAACAAUUCCAAUCAAAAUUAAGGUGAUUAAUGUGCAGGAAGGCCCUGUGUUCCCUGGUGGCACAAAAAUUAUUGGAGCAAGUGAGAAACUGCAGAUAAAACAGGUUAUUGGACAGUAUCAAGCCUAUGAUGAAGACACCGGAAAAAUUGCAGAGCGCAUUACAUAUGUGAAAGGAAGAGAUCCAGCAAACUGGAUCACUGUAGACUCAGUCACAGGUGAAAUCCGACUUGCUAAAAAACUCGACUACGAAUCAUCUCAUGUAGUAAAUGGCACUUACACUAUCACCAUGUUGGGUGUAACUACUGAUUUUCCUAAGAAAACGGUCACUGGCACAGUUGUCAUUCAAGUUCAAGAUGAGAAUGAUAACUGCCCAGUUAUUGUGAACCCUGUGCAGACUGUGUGUUCAGAUGCAAAAUUAGUUGAUGUUACAGCUAAUGAUUUGGAUGGUUACCCAAAUAGUGAUCCCUUCAGCUUUACUGUCAUUGAUGAGCCAGAAGGAACAGCAAAAAAAUGGAUAAUUGCAUCCAGAAAUGGCACAAGCGUACAACUUGUACCACAAAACCUGAAGCCAGGCAGAACUGAAGUUCCCAUCCUAAUAAAGGAUUUCCAAGGCCUCAGCUGUGCUGCACCACAGUCUUUGCAGUUGACUGUUUGUGAGUGUACAGAUGACAGCGUGUGCCAAGAGAAGUUUAUUGGCAAUAAGUCAGUGGGUCUGGGACCAGCAGCAGUUGCACUAAUCAUCUUGGCAUUUUUACUUUUGCUGCUUAUUCCAUUGUUACUGCUGCUGUGUCCUUGUGGCUCGGGAGCAAUAGGAUUUGGUGGAGCAAAGACAUUUGCUGCAAUACCAGACUACAGUGAAGCAAUGCUGCGUCAGUGGAACAGCGAAGGAGCAGCUCCUGAGGAGAAGCCAGUGCUAAGCUUCAUUCCACCCACUGCACUGGGAAACUCAAAAGGAGCAACAACAGCAGCGGCGGCAGCAGCAGCGGGAGGAAUGAGUGGAGGUGAAACUGUAACAGCAGCAGGCAGCUCUGUCUCUCACGUGGGAGAGCAUCACAACACUAUUACCAAGGAAAGAUGGGAAGAGCAAAGACGUCUUCUUUCCAGUGCCGAGUAUGGAGCCAUGGCAGCUGGAGCGGCUGAAGGCAUGGCAGGUAUAGAGGGCAAGACAGUGGUGUCUGGAGGAGGACUUGCAGUGGGAGCGGCAGGAGCUAUGAAUGAAGAAUUUUUAAGAGACUACUUCAAUGACAAAGCUGUCUCUUUUGCGGAUGAAGAUGAAGCACAAGCUGCCAAAGACUGUCUCCUGGUUUAUUCCCAGGGAGAAUCAGGCUCCCCUCAUGGCUCCGUCGGCUGCUGCAGCUUUAUUGAGGGGGAUCUUGAUGACCAUUUUCUUGAUGAUUUAGGAGACAAAUUUAAGACUCUAGCAGAAAUAUGCAUGGGCAGACAGAUCAAAAUGAAAGAUGGUGGCUCCAGGAGUGAAUCAGGUUUCAGUCUUAAUGACACAAAGUCGCAGUUCUUAGAUCAGCAAAAUGCUUCUAGCUCUGAACAAGCCUUUGCCUUGGGCAGUCACUUCCAGCCCGCCCCGCCAGUGCACACAGGCAGUGGCACAGGAGAAGACACCCUGUCCAAGGAAGUGGUCACAGAAACAACCUUUUCAUCCCAUUCUGGGCAGCACAAUGCCCAGCCCCUUCCCACAGCCCACACGGAGACCAAUGUCAGCGUGACGGAAACAUCCUAUUCUGUGGGGGCUCCUGCCCACUCGGCCGGUGUCUUUCUAGACCCCCAGUUUAAGGAGAAUGUAGUGGUGACAGAGAGAGUGCUGGCACCUGCAUCGAGCAUUCAGGGUAUGGUAAAAAUCCCUGAUUUGCCACAUGGAAGUAAUGUGGUGGUUACAGAGAGGAUGGUGAAGUCAGCAGGUGCAGGGCCAGGAGCCCUGGCAGUUCAGGAUCUUCCCGACUCCAAGUAUGUCGUGGUGAGGGAACGAGAGAGGGUGCUUGUGCCUGCUGCAGAGCAGGGCUCACUCAGCUUCCCCACUCCGGCAGAGGAACGCAGCAUGGUAGUGAAUGAAAGGGUGGUAACAGCCUCAGGGCUGCAGAGCAAAGCUGAACAGGCUGCAGGUGCCAGCUUAGGAAGGCAAGAGCAUGUGUUGAUUACAGACUCCCCGCUUAACCUGAGGGGCUCCAGCUUAGAAGGGCCAUCUCCUGCCAGUGCCACACUGAGCAAGUCUUCCAGGGUCACCAAGUACAGCACGGUGCAGUACACUCGCUCAUAGCUUGGCUCCUCACAGAAGUGGCAGUGUCCGGCACUCUUGUGUCUGUAUCCAUCUUGCCUUGGGCUUUUCCAUGAGAUCUGAAUUUGCUGGAGCUUCCAGAAUGACGUGUACUCGCUUGCACUAGUUUGUAUAAAUAUGGAUUAUAUGACCAGGAAGCAAGUAAGGAAAUCUACUGUCACUAUUAUGUAACAUUGGCAGCAAUGCUUUUGAAGUGGGAAGAUGUGGAAAAUAUAUUUAUUUUCUUGUUUGCUAUAUUUAUAAUUGCUUUUUAUUAUUUAGUUAGUGUAAUAAUACCACAUUACCAGAGCUGCAUAAUUACGGAAAACCAUGAAAAAAAAUCUCAAAUCUAGUGAUGGAUAGUAGCAUGCAAAGCACAAGUUAGGUUUCUGAACUGCUCUUGAGUGUAUCUGCUGAAGUCCUCCCACGAGGUGAAUCAAUUUCUCAUUUUGUGUUUGCCACCUAUUACCUUGUGGGCCAGGGAAGCUUCUCCUGAGCUGCAGAUCUCUGUACCUUGGUGACUUGCUAAGAAAUCUCUCGUCCCUGAGAAGCCCAGGCCACCGACAUCAGUACGUCUUCAGGGCAGUGGUGUGUUGAUCUCCUGAGGGGAUGUCACAACUUCGGGUUAUCAGCAUUUGUAACUUAAGCAAUCAAUACUUGCACAUUAGCACAGGGGUUAGAGACAGCAAGUAGCAAAAACGCUGAACACUGCAAUUUUUUUGUCACCUCAGCGUAAGAAUUCCAUUACUUGAUGUAGGUCUACACUGACAUGGACAAGUAAGCAUUUGCAUCACAUACAUUUUUCACUGGCUCCUAAUUGGUCCUUUAUUUAACAUAUGAGAAACAGCUAAAACUUACCUUACCUUUAGAGGCAGAGAUUUAGACAGUGGCUUUGCUAGCAAAGUUUGUGGCCCUUAGACAUCUGUAGGAUCUUAUUUACAAGUGCAAUUAGGUAUUUGCAAUUCUGUCUGUGAACUCACAGAUACAGAAAUGCAGCCUGGUAUGUGUGAGGUUCCACUGGUUCCAGUACAAGAGCUCAGGUGGCCUUUAUAGUGCUGUGUAAUGGCAGCUUUACUUGGCUCUGACAAGACAAGAGAAAGCUCCCUUUAGGUCUUUUAUUUCCUUGAAGUUUAUGUGGUAAAAGCAGAAGACAAUACUGCACUGUUUGGCAGUAUGUAUAUAUGCACAUGUAAAUAUUUGUAUGCUGUUUGCAACAUUUAAAAGUUAAUUUUAUAAUAGAAAAAACUGUCAUAUACUCCUCGUGUUUUCUCAGAGUAGAUCAGGUGUUGGUACUGUGUUUAUCUCAUACCUGUGAAAUCAGCAAGGUGGUCAUAUGGUACUGCAAAUCCUGUGGAUCUGCAGAGCUUUCAGGUUGUCUCCAUCUUUCCUGGAGUUUUCCUGCAGCUGCAGUGUUAUGUUUUCCUCUGAUAUGUUUUGCCUUUGACUAGAAAUGCUUUCAGUGUGUUUCAUUUUACUAAUAAUGAUGUAAAAGUUGCUUCAAAAAUGUAAACAUAUAAACUAGGAACCAUGACUAUGCUCAACAUGACAGAUGUGCCAUUAUAUGAAGUAGAGUAGUAUUUCCAAACAAAUCAAACUACUUGCUUGCUUGGACCUGUUGGUUGUUUAUCUCUAACACUUCAUUUUUAAAAUAUGUGUGUAUUUACUUCUAAGCAAGCCUGAGGUUCUAAGUAGUCACCACUUUCCUGACUCUCUAAUGGAAUAUUUCUGUGGGUUUAUGCAAUCUUAAAAUAAAGGACUCUACUGUAUUUUUUAGUUCUUCAUUCAGAGAGCUACCCCAGUUAAAACACUGACAUUCCUACUGCAAAUAAAGAGUUUAAAGAUAGAAUGAGAACUGGGAUUUCCCAAACAGCCUGAAGGAAUAUGUGAAAGAUGCAGAUGUAAAAAAAGUUGGUGUCCUGCUAACUUAGAGAUUCUGAAAAAACUGUGAAUUCUGCCUUCUGGUUAAGUGGACUAAAUUCUAUAAUAAUUUGAUGCAAGACAACAGCAUUCUAGGCACAGUUUUAUUGGGCUCUGAGUCAAACUCUUCUGAUCAGUUUAUACAGACAACAUGGCAUAAAAUAUUGUCUCAGUU